AAACACCGGGGGAUGUAAAGGUCGUUUCAACACGGAGUUGUUACGAUCCGGAAUGGGCUGCCUGAAAGGCUGGUGGAAGCAGGUUCAAUACUGGAGUUCCUUUCAGAAGGGAACACUGCAAAAAUACACAUGAAGAUGGGAAUACUUGCAGGGACACGGUGAAAGAGGGGAGGGAGCAGGAAAUGACCAGAGAGCUCUUUCAAAGAGCUGGCACAGGCGGGAUGGGCUGAGGGAUUUCUUCCUGUGCUGUAAGGUUCAAAUAUUAUAAUCCGGUUUCACCCCUGAGUCUCUUCUAUACGGUUGUGUCUGGCCUGAGGUUUAAUUACACACAGAACAUGAAAAGACUGAUUCAUUGAAGAAUGAAAUGUUAAUAAGUGUAACAGCCAUGAUCCUGAUUAAAGCAGUAAUUGUUCUGCUAUGUGUGUGCACUUUGACCCUGGGACAACCAUCGAAACAGGCAAAAUCUCCAAUUAAAUCCAAUAAGCCGUUUGUAACAGUGUGGAAUGCUCCUACUGCAACUUGCCAAUCCUUGUAUGGUAUUCAUCUCAAUCUGGGAAUUUUUGACAUAAUUGCAAAUCAAAAUGAAUCGUUUAUUGGGCAAAAUGUCACCAUCUUUUACGAUGAUAAACUGGGCUCUUACCCCCAUUUUACUGAAAGUGGGAUUUCUGUAAAUGGGGGUGUCCCACAGAACACCAGUUUGGAAGACCAUCUUGCAAAGGUCCAAGUUGACGUGGAAAAACUAGUACCUCUGAAGGACUUUGGCGGGUUGUCUGUCAUCGACUGGGAGGCCUGGAGGCCAUCUUGGAUAAGGGACUGGGAUCAGAAAGAUAUUUACCGCAAGAAAUCAAAAGAGCUGGUCCGAAGGAGACAUCCUGAUUGGUCUGAGAGUCAGGUGGUCAAGCAAGCGCAAAACGAGUAUGAACAAGCUGCCCGUGAUUUCAUGGAACAGACAUUGAAGGUGGCAAAGGGCCUUAGGCCUCAGGGCUUGUGGGGCUAUUAUGGCUUUCCCUGUUGCUAUAACAGCGUCAUUUCCAAAAAUUACACUGGAGAAUGUCCUGAUAUUGAGAUGAAGAGGAAUGAUCGUCUGUUGUGGCUCUGGAGGGAAAGUAUGGCCUUAUAUCCAAGCAUCUACCUGGAUCUUCAACUUCGAUCAACAGAGAACGCACGCAAGUUUGUUCAUUAUCGAAUCAAAGAGGGCCUCCGGCUUGCUCAACUGGGAGCAAAUUACAGCUUGCCUGUCUUGCCAUAUUCUCGGAUUGUGUAUGCCAACACCACGGACUUCCUGACCGAGAUUGACUUGAUCCACACUAUUGGAGAGAGUGUAGCAAUGGGAGCUGCAGGGAUUGUCCUUUGGGGGAACUCAGAUUAUGCCCGCUCUAAGGAAUCUUGCCUUGCUUUGAAAGCAUAUAUCAGUGGAAUAUUGGGUAACUAUAUUGUUAACGUAACAAAUGCUGCAAUGAUCUGCAGUUGGUUGCUGUGCACAAACCAUGGCAGAUGUGUGCGAACAAGCAAAGAUACCCACGCUUUUCUGCACCUAAAUCCAGACACCUUCGCUGUGAGGGUAAACCUUUCAGACAAAGGCCCGGCAUUCUUCCUGCAGGGACAGAUGGCUGAGAAAGACAUAAGAGAAAUGGCGACCAGAUUUCAGUGCCAGUGCUACAGUGGAUGGCUGGGAGCACACUGCGAGAUCGCAAACGGAUAGACCAGUGAUGCUGUGUAACUUUUGGGUCUGGGCUUAAAAGUGAACAAACACUAACCUGCAGUCAUCGUUUACUUCAUGUUUUCAUUGGUGGUUCACUUUUGAUAAAUUAAAACCAAAAAAAUGUUGUAAAAACUCAGCAGGUCAGGCAGCAACUAUGGAGUGAGAAACGGAGGUAAAUGUUUCAGAUCAAAAGCCUUUCAUCAGAACAUGGGACCUGAAAAUUAACUCUGCUUCUCUGUCCACAGAUGCUGCCUGUUUUGCUGAAUAUUUCCUACUUUUUCUGUUUUAAUUUCAGGUUUCCAGCAUUUGCGGUAUUUCGCUUUUGUAUCAUUUUUGAUGAGUUUGCCUUCCUCUGGUAUCAUUACCAUAAUACACAGUGAAUAUCCAAUAAAGUGUUUUGCCCACA